AUGGGGAACAUUGGGAUCUCUAUCCCUGGUCUUGCGGGUACACUUUGUAGCACUUUCAGGACUCAAGUAGACUGGAAUUAUUCGACGAUUGCUCUGAAGCAAGCUGAAAAUCGUUCUAUCAUAUACCCUCGUGGUAAGGUCUUGGGUGGUUCCUCUGCAAUCAACUUUAUGCUAACUACCAAAGCAUCUCGCCACGACUACAAUACAUUUGAGAAAUUAGGAAAUCCAGGAUGGGGAUGGGAUGAAUUUGAUCGUGCUGCAAAAAAGUCCGAAAACCUUCUCAUCCCUCCUCCAUCUGCGAAUUUUUCAUUUUCAACCGAGUACCACGGCAAAAAUGGUCCUGUCAAGACUUCUUUUUCAAAGUUUCUUCCUCCAAUUGUAGCAAAAUAUUUCCCUGCAAUCAAGAAGCUUGGUCAUGUGAGAACUUUCACGGACAAUUUCAAAGGAGAUGUAAAAGGGCCUGCUUAUGUACCUUUGACCAUUGACGACAAUUUGGAACGGGUAACAAGUGCUAGUGCUUAUUAUUUUCCAAUUGCUUCGCGGCCGAACCUGGUGGUUCGAGUGAAAUCUGAAGUUGAUCGUCUCUUGGUCUCAAGUUCAAAGACAGAGGAGGUAACUGUCGGAGGCGUGGAAUAUAUCUCUGAAGGCUUGAUUAGAACAACUUUUGCUCGUAAAGAGGUCAUACUGAGUGCGGGUUCGAUUGGCUCUCCUGCCAUUCUAGAGCGCAGUGGGAUGGGUGAUUCAUCCGUGCUGAAAAAGUUCAACAUUCCAGUCCUCCUCAACCUUCCGGGUGUAGGAGCAAACUUAAUCGAUCACCCAAUGAACCUAAACGUCCACCAACUCAAACCCGGUUUCUUUUCCUCAGAUAAACUUGCCCGCAAUGCUACCUACGCAGCCGAACAAUUGGAUCUCUAUAACACUCGUCGUGAAGGGAUAUUAACCCAGGUCGUCUCGCUCUUGGACUUUGAGCCUUUGCGUGUUGUUUUGACAGAAGAAGAAAUUUCAGAAGGUCUUCAAUAUCUUGAGCAUAACUCCACUUCCUUGCCUCCGCAGAUUUUUGAAGCUAUCAAGGAGCAGGUCUUAAGUGGCACGCCAUUUGAAUUUCUCGUGAUCAAUCAAGGCUCAGCCCAACUCGAGGGCACAUCGGCCUUUUCCGCAUCUCAGAACGUCUCAUACAUCGCUAUUGCGUCAUCUUUACAAUAUCCAUUCUCACGUGGAUCAUCACACAUCAGUAGCCGUGAUCCAACAGAGCCACCUCUGAUUGACACCGGAUUUCUCAAUCACCCGUUUGGUUUGUGGCUCUUUGCAAAGGCAUGCAAGCAUUCCAGGAAGAUCAUGCAAGGCAAAGAGUGGGAUGAUGUGAUAUUGGGAGAGAUAUCUCCGGGAAACACGGUUCAUACUGAUGAAGAUUGGAGGCGAUUUGCAGCCAAAAACAUAGACACAUUUUAUCACCCUGUGGGUACAGCAGCAAUGCUACCGCGAGAGCUGGGCGGUGUGGUGGACCCCGAUUUAAGAGUAUAUGGCACUCAUAAUUUGAGAGUGAUCGAUGCAAGUAUCUUCCCGGUUCACAUAGCUACUCAUCCUCAACUAUCAAUAUAUGCUAUUGCUGAGAUUGCGGCAGAAAAGAUACUGGAAUCUAGAGCCUGA